CGAGAAAGAGAGAAAAAGGUGAGUUUUGAAAAUUUAAUUGCAAUUAGAGUAAUGAAUAAAAAUUUCAUUUCCGUUCGGAAAAUGCGGCGAGGGAACAUAUAAUUUUUCUCAAUAAUGACAAAAAUCUCGACGCGACUCGAGAGCGCCCGUUCGACUUCUCGCACGGUGUGUGUUAAAAAUAAACACACGGACAAGCGUGGGAACGCGAUAUAUUUCUCAGGAUUGCAUUGACAUUAUUUUCGUGCUGACCGAGAUAAAUAUUAAAAAGUGUCGGAUAUAACGCGAGCGAAGCGUCGAAAAAUUCCACGUACGAUGCACCUGUCAAAAUCAGCUGAGCGGAACGAAUUGGAAGACUGAGGAUCGGCCGAGUCACCCUGACACGUCUGGAAGGAAUCCGGAAUAAAAAUGCCCACCGUAGCCAACUCGUCGCUCACCUACGAGAUUCUCAUGUACCUGAACUCCUUCUACUUCGGCAUGUUCGCUGUGUGCGAACUGGGCAUGGGACUGUUCAAGGUCGCGAAUCUGCCCUCGCCAGGCGCAAGUAAGACCCUGACGGAAUUCGCGCUGCUGCUCUUCCUGAUCGCGACGGAGGGCGGCAGGAUCUACCUUGGAAGGAAGGGAAAUCUGACGGAGCGCGGAACGCCAAUCCUUAUAGGGAUAGCCCUGACCGUCCCCAGCUCCUUAGCGACACUGUACUUCCUCCUUUGGCAGUACUAUGUGCUCAAGCUGGAGGUGAUUCUCUGCAGCAUACAACUGGUCCUAGUGGCGUCCGAAGUGGUCAUCGCUAUCAUGUGCCUUAUAGCCAUUUAUCGACCACCACCCCCGGAGAAAUGAUAUAGCUUUUGUAUUUGUAUUUCACUUCGCACGAUAACUUUCAUUUUACACCUUGUCACUUUGCUUAACAAUGCAUUCCGAGUGUUAAUGGUUUGUCAUAGACGAGGUUGAGCUGUCUAUCAUUGUUUUUGCCAAAUAGUAAGAUUUUUCAUCCUUAA